AUGACAGAUAUAUCUCAUUGGUUUAAAAAUGUUCCUCAAUUUACACGAUUCUGGCUUACGGCGACGCUGGGAGUCAGUAUCAUUGGCCGAUUUGGAAUGAUCCCGCCCCGAUAUCUGCCGCUUUAUUAUGAACCUUUUGUACACGGUUUACAGCUUUGGCGGCCAGUUACAGCUUUGUUUUUCUACCCGCUAUCGCCCAGCACGGGAUUCCACUUCAUGCUCAAUUGUUACUUUCUGUACAACUAUUCACUCAGAUUGGAAACAAAUCACUACAAAACAAGCCCCGCUGACUACUUGUUCCUGUUGAUGUUCAACUGGAUAUGUUGCGUUAUCAGCGGGCUAACUUUUGGCAUUCCGGUUCUUAUGGAUCCAAUGGUACUUUCCGUGCUGUAUGUCUGGUGCCAGCUAAAUAAGGAGGUGACAGUGAACUUUUGGUUCGGUACGAGAUUCAAGGCUAUGUACCUUCCUUGGGUUUUGGCUGGAAUUAACGUCAUCCUUUUGGGAGGUGGUUUCCUAGAGCUUCUUGGCAUUCUUAUCGGACAUCUUUACUUUUUCCUGAAGUUCAAAUACCCAAUUGAUCUUGGCGGACCAUCACUUUUGGAUACUCCUGCAUUUUUAAAAUCGUUUUAUCCUGAUCUUACUGGUGGCGUUCAUGGAUUUGGAGUGCCCCCGGCUAACCAGCGACCAGCUCAGGAGCAAAGGCCAGCUGGGAAUCGAUUCUUCGGUAAUUCAUGGGGUGCAGGCAAUGUUCUGGGUAGAUAAAACCAAGGCGAAAAAGAAAUUUGAUCUUUCUGUUGUGUAAAUGGGUGUGUAUGUAUAUUAUUAUAUAAUAUAAUGAAGUAACAAACUGAA